UUAUGUGUAAAAUUUAUAGUAAGCCAUAAUUGAUUGGUAUGUAGUAUGAUAACUAUGAAAUACUUCAAUUGAGAUAAUGACUACAGUUAUUUUAAUGCUCUAUCCUCCUACAGGUACAAACAAGCCAUUGAUAGGAGGUCCUCCACUCUCUCCUAUUGCAUUAAUGAAUAUACCAGAUGAUAGACCAACAGUAUCUGAAUUGAUAGAGUUUCAUGAGUUAUUGAUCAAAGGACAACUGGAGGAGUCUCUACCACUGCUUGAUGCUGAUACUAUAAGAAAGAUUAGAAAUGCUGUUAAUGAUCAUGAAGGAAUGUCUCUUCUUAUAAGAGCAUUUGAAGAACAUCCAACACUGCUACAUGAAAUGAGAGUAGCCACUGGAAAAAUAAAAGGUUCAUCACAGAAGAUGCUAAAGUCUCCUCCCCCAAUAGCACCUAAACCAAGAUCAUUAUCACAAAGUGGACGAUCUCAACCAUUGUCAACAGCAAAAAAACCACGACCACUUUCACAACCCGCUCCUCCAACUGCACCUAAACCACGUCGACCAUCACUAACUACACAGCCUCCUCCAAAAGCACCUAAACCACAAAGACCAUCAAUAACAGAACAAUCUUCACCAAAAGCACAACCUUCAACAAUUGCACCUAAACCAAACCGACCAUCAAUAACUAAAAAACCUCCACCACCAAAACCUCCACCAACAGCACCUAAGCCAAGUCGAUCUCAAGAUUCAUCAUCAGCUCCACAUGAUCUAACAGCAACAGUACUGCAAGAUAAGGAGGGGAAGAAAGAUCCAUCAUCAUUAGAACCAAUGGAAGGAUCGAUGCCACCAGAAUACAUUACAAUGAAAAAGAUGUUAGCUGAUCUUGUUGAUCUGUUGGCAGGAAAUGCUCUAGUUAUUUCUCAGUUAAAUAAUCAUCUCUUUUCAUCUGAUGUCAUUCCUAAAGCAGUACAUGUUACUGUUGAAGGUACUUUAGGACUCAGUCCUUAUGAUAGAGCUAACAAAAUAUUCUCUUCAGUACUAGCAACACUUGAGUGUCAUCCUAAUCCUAACAGUGUUUUCUCUUCUCUCAUUACGUCACUACAGAAAGUAGUACUACAGAACAUGGCAUCAAAACUAAUGGAAAACUUAA